CUCGACCACCUGAUAAUCCACUAGAUUAACCAAGCUAAUUGGCUCGCAGUUGUCAUUUAUUUCCGAGCGCUUGAUUUGUGGUUACUUACGCAGAUAUUUGGCAUAUUCUUUCAAUAAUGGAAUUCAACGACCCGCCUGGUGAUUGGCCUGUAACACCUAUCACUAAAUCUGGAAAACGCCCUAAGUUGAAAGAAACGAACGAUUUUCAAACGAUAGGCCUCAUUCAAACUACGGAAGAAUUCUGCGAGUCGCUGUCGAUUACAGCUUCCACCGAUCCGAAAUCUCAAGCACAAACAGAUGUAAGUAUUCGCAGCAAUGCGCAGCCGAACUUCGACUUCAGUAGGAGCCAAUUCCCGCCCGUUUUGCAGACCCCUCGAACAACUGCAACAUCAGUCGUGGAGUUGAAUGAAUCCGAGAAGGAAAACAGGAUGUUCCAAUCAGUGUCCGAAACAUGUGCUUCACAUAUGUACCAAACCGCAGCAAGCAGUCCAAUGCGACCGGUAAAAACACCCAGAGUGAGUCAACUCAUGAACUCGUGGGCCUCAAGAGAUGGUUUAUCGAGUUGUGAUUAA